AUGGUCGACAGACUCCAAGUGUCUAAUUUGACACUAAACAACAACUUCAGCUCUCGUUCCUUUGACAAUCUUAGCGACGAUGAACUCAAGAAAUCGGGAUACAACCCAUUGCCGUUUGAGGGCAAACUGGAUCAGAUCGAAAAGGUCCAGGACGCUCUAGACGAGGCCGGAUUUAUCCCAGAACCACUAAUCGAGUCCGAAGUUAGAUGGUUCUAUGAGUCCCUUGGAAUAGACGACGUGUACUUCGCAAGGGAGUCCGUUCAAGGUAUUGUGUCUCAUAUCCAUGCUUUGUACUCUGCCAAGUUGGAAUCUUACUCAAGAGGCGAAAAUGAAAACCCUACGUUGCAACACAAGAGAGAGGCUGAUGAUCACGCUGUCUACUUUGACUCCUCUGAUCCGAAGUCCCCUCAGUUCAAACUGAUCAACUACGAAGAACGCAUUGAUGACAGGUAUUUGGAUCACGGAGUCGACUCCCCUGGUUACAGAUUGGAGUCUUUCAGUUCCGCAGUUGGUAAUGUUCGUUGCUACUUCGUGUACAAGUGUUCCUUCCCAAAGGCAGCUCCUGCUGCUGAAUCUGAGAGCUUAGAUCUGACCAAAAUCAGUGAUGAGACCUUUCUUAAAAUCUGCUCCAAUCACACCAAGAGGCUCUACUCCGAGAUCAUCAACGACGUCGCAGCCGUUGACGGUCCAAUAAUCAAGCAUUUUGGAAUCAAGUCCACUGGUGAGCAUAGAGUUAUUAUUGGUUACCGCCAGAACAGCUCUCCUCGUUAUAACUCUGCCUUAACUAGUUUGUGUCAAUUUUACGGACUUAAAGUUACCAGAAAGUACGUUGAGCAAUUCAGUAAUGGCAUUUCCAUUAUUUCAAUGUAUAUAACCCCUCCAGAUGCAGGAGACUCUUCCUUCAUUCAAUUUCCGAUUGACCAAGUUGUUAAGGAAGCUUCUCUUUUGUACACAAUCCCUCACAACAUUUUCCAAGAGGAGUUUGCUAAAGGUGAGCUGUCAAUUCAAGAAUGCAUCUACGCUCAUUGCGGUGUAAUCUUUGUUACCCAUUUCUUGAACAGACUUGGUACUGAGUACCAGUCUCUUCUGGAAAUCUUGAAUCCAAACAAGAACUUACUCCACUUUGAGAUUCUAUCCAAGAUUAAGGACAGAUUGCGUACGGAGACUUUCACCCAAGACUACAUUACUGAGGUCUUCAAGAAGCAGACGCCUUUGGUCAAGAAAUUGUACCGUUCUUUUGCCGAUGUCCACUACAUCAAUUCGAAGCUGGAGAAGACAUUGUCCUACAAACGUUUGGAAGCCAUUGAGCCAAUUAAAUCUGAGAGCGACUUUGAAAAUCUGUUGAAUCAUGCCUGUUCCCAGAAUCAAAGACAUGCUCUCAUUCUGAGAGCCCUUUUCUCGUUCAAUAAGAGUAUUCUGAAAACGAAUUUCUUCCUUCCUUCGAAGAUUGCAAUUUCUUUCAGAUUGGAACCCUCCUUCCUUCCAGCUCUUGAGUAUCCAAAUAAGCCGUUUGGAAUGUUCUUUGUUGUUGGAUCUGAGUUCAGAGGUUUCCACAUCAGAUUCAGAGAUAUUGCAAGAGGUGGUAUCAGAAUUGUCAAAUCACGUUCCGUUGAAAACUAUAAUGUUAAUAAACGUAAUCUGUUUGACGAGAACUACAACUUAGCCAGUACACAACAGAGAAAGAACAAAGAUAUCCCCGAGGGCGGGGCUAAAGGUGUUAUCCUUUUGGACCCACAGGCUCAAGAGCGUCCAAAAGAAUGCUUUAUCAAGUAUAUUGACUCGCUAAUGGAUUUGUUGUUGUUGGAUCACCAGGACAAAUCUAACGGCAUCGUUGAUCUUUACAACAAGCCCGAAAUUUUGUUCAUGGGUCCAGAUGAAAAUAGUGCUGGUUACGUUGAUUGGGCCACUUUGCAUGCUCGUAAAAGAGGUGCUCCUUGGUGGAAAUCAUUUUUCACUGGAAAAUCUCAAACAUUGGGUGGUAUACCCCACGACGAAUACGGAAUGACAUCUCUAUCUGUUAGAGCUUAUGUCAACAAGAUCUAUGAAAAGCUUGAUAUUAAAGAUUUGUCCAAGAUUACUAAAUUGCAGACUGGUGGUCCGGAUGGUGAUCUAGGAUCUAACGAGAUCAAGCUGUCAAGAGACGAGUCUUAUGUUGCGAUCGUCGAUGGAUCUGGUGUCAUCGUGGAUGAAAACGGUCUUGACAAGGCAGAGCUUCUCUCUCUGGCUACAAAGAGAAAGAUGGUUGACCAAUUUGACAGAACCAAACUCUCUCCAAAAGGAUACUUUGUAUCAGUGGAUGAUGUUGACUUUAAAACUCCAGAUGGAAAGAUUAUCACCAAUGGAACUGUUUUCAGAAACACAUUCCAUCUUAAGAUUGCUGAAGUUUUUGGUAAGGAUAGACUGAAGCUGUUUGUUCCAUGUGGAGGUAGACCAAACUCCAUUGAUGCUAACAACGUCCAUUUCUUGAUUGACGAGAACACUGGUAAGUCUUACAUUCCCUUCAUUGUGGAAGGUGCCAACUUGUUUAUCAGUCAAGCCGCUAAGGUUCAACUUGAAAAAGCUGGGACUGUUCUGUUUAAGGAUGCUUCUACAAACAAAGGUGGUGUCACUUCCUCCUCGCUGGAAGUCUUGGCAGCUUUAUCUUUCGAUGAUGAAGGGUUCUUGUCUAACAUGUGCCUAGACCCAAAGACGGGAGUCAAGCCAGAAUUUUACCAGGAGUAUGUUAAGCAAGUACAGAAAGUCAUUGUUGCCAAUGCUGAGAGUGAGUUUGAGUCACUGUGGGCUCUGAACAAGGAAACAGGCAAACCACUGUCUGAUUUGUCAAACGAUCUCUCCAUCGCUAUCAACGACUUGGCAGAUCAACUGUCAUCAAGUGAAGAAUUGUGGAACGAUGAUCUGUCAUUCAGAAAUGCUGUUUUGCAAGAUGCAUUGCCUCCUCUCUUAUUAGAGAAGAUUGGAAUUGAGAGCAUUGUCAACAGAGUCCCAGUCAACUACUUGAAGGCUCUCUUUGCUACCCGUUUGGCUUCUAGAUUUGUUUACACUAGGGGCAUUGAUGCCAAUCCUGCCAGAUUCCUUGAGUUCAUCUCUUCAUUAAAAAGAGAGUACAAGUCUCGGGGAUUGUAG